CUCCCCAGGCGCGGCCCAUCCCCGCCACGCCCCUUCUCAGCUCCCUGAGUUCUCCACGUGCAAGCCCCGCCCCUUCCGCCGCCUUCCGCGGCGGCUCCCGGGACUCCGGCCGCAAGUGGCGUCGUCUCCAUGGCGACGAGGCGUCCACAGCUUGCUGCUCCGAAACCCGAGCGAACCUCCAGCGGGGCGGGCCUUCGCCGACUGCCUUUCCGAUGAUCCGCUUGAGAGGGCCCCAAGCGGGUAAGAGGCGCCGCGGCCGCUGCGGGUCUCCCUCUCCCGGCCCCGGCGUGCAGCCGGACUCCUCUCUCACCUCGGACCCUCCAGGCCCGGCGCCCGGCUCCGCAAACUCUGGUGCACCCUCCAGGGUUGGGCUCUGCGGCCCCUCGGCUGCCGGCCGGCACGCGAGAAGAUUUGGCCCUACAUUUUGUAUUCCAGAAAUCCCUAGGAAUUAUCUAGAUAAGACAGAUGCUGUAAAGGCAUCAAAAUAUAGACAGAAUGGCAAGUUGCUGGUGUUUGAUCCAAAGGAAAAAGUGAUGAUUGAAGCAAAUGAAACAAUGUCAGAGAAGAAUGGAAGGGAGGGGGAGAGAGAGAGAGAGAAAGACACAUCUAUUGACUGCCUCCCCCAUGCACUCCGACCAGGGCAGGGACCAGGACAGGCAUGGAGUCUGCAAGCGAGGAAGGAAGUCUCUUCAAAAAAUAUUGAAAAGAAAGUCUUUUUAAAGAAUACUGAAAAUAAAGUAUCUUCAAAGAGUAUUGAACAUAAAGAUACAGAAACAAAUCUACAGUCAAAACUAUGGUCAUCUUCUUUCUUAAAAGAAAGAACAGGUGAGGUGGGCAAAGAUGAAGUCAUUGCAGAGCAGGAGAAAAAUAAUGAAAAUAGCCUUCAGGUUAUUAAUGAUAAGUUGUCCGAGUCAACAAAAGAUGAUGGUGAAGAUGACAGCAGUGAUGAAAAUAAUGAAGACAGUGGCCCAAAAAAGGGUAUUCGUGCCCCAUUAGAGUUAAUGGCAGAAUUCCUGAGAGCAGAAAUGAGCCAAGACUACCAUUUGGCUAAAAAAUUAUGUCAGAUGAUCCUAAUCUAUGAACCAGAAAAUCCUGAGGCCAAGGAGUUCUUAACUCUUAUUGAAGAAAUGUUGCUGAUGGAGGAAGCUCAGAAUCGUGAGGAAGAGAGUGAAGAAGACAGUAGCGGGGAGAGUGAAGGAGAAAGCAGUGAGGAGCCAAGUGAAGAAAGCUCUGAUGAAUGUGAAGACGGGUGAUGAAAGGUGCUACUAUGUUUUAAUCUUCAUAUAUUUUCAUUACUGUAUAGCAUGGAAAUAUAAAGAAGAGAACUGCAUUUUAUUCUUCUUUAUUUGGUAUAGAGGUACUUUAAUUUAUCCAUAUUAUUUUGAACUUCUUCCUAAUAUUAAGGUCUUGAUUCAAUGUGAGUUACUCAGAGAGGAAAACAAUUUGUAUUUGAAAACACAUAGCACUAUGUGCCAGGCACUGUUCUGCACACAUUACUUAAUGCAACAAACCCAUGAGGUAAGUACUAUUGUUAUUCCCAUUCAGCAGAUGAGAAAACUGAGGCAUAGAGAGGAUGGGUAGCUUGCCCUGGCAUCAUAUACCUAUUGAAUGGUAGAGCCUGAAUUUGUACAUGGACAUUAUAGCUCCAGAAUUAUACUCUAAGUCCCUCCAUGACAACCUCUUAAGGUACUUUUAUAUAAUUUGCUUUAUGUUCUUUAUAACAUAUAUCAGUACCUGACAUUCUUAUUUAAUUACUUGCCCUUUUUAUCUUCUCCCUUGCAGUCAGGAAAUGUAAACCUCCUGAAGUACGACUUUGUCUUUUUCACCAUUGUAUUCCUAGCAACUGCACAAGUGCCUGGCAAAUAAUAGGAUGUAUACACAAAGUGAAUGAAUGUAGUGAAAAUUAAUGAAAUGUUUAUAUUCUUUCAUGAAACAUUUACACAACUAUAUUACACCUUUGAUGUAUUAAUCUACAUUAUUUUGCUGAUUCUGUAUUCCUCAAUAAAUUUCUGCCAUCUUCAAAAUAGGUUGUAAGGUAAAAAUCAGAAAUAUAUUCCUGAGUAAUUUGU